UCACCACAAUAGACCCCCACACGCACAACAACUCACGCGCCGACACAAACGCGCACAUUGCUUUCGAGGAGCCACGGGGAGAUGUUUGUUAAACUGCGGUUUAGCGAUUUCUUUUUUUCCAGCUUCACAUCGGCGAGAAGCGCAGGGAAGCCUCUGCGAUGCGCUCAACCGGGGACGCAUCGGAGUUGAAAUAAGGGGAAACACGGGGGUGAAGAAAGAAAGGGGAGCUUUUCUUACGAGGAUGACUGACUGGUGACAAAGAAACGGGGAGCCCCUCUGGCUUAGGUUGUCACCCGCUAGAACUUGAAGGAAGGCGUUUUGGGUGACCGGCUUGCUUGUACUUGGACCGCCUAAGCUUUUUUGGUCAUCAUUAUUUUUGGAGGGGAACCAUGCCUGUCCGGAGGGGUCAUGUUGCGCCACAAAACACAUUUUUGGGAGUAAUUAUUCGGAAAUUCGAAGGACAGAAUAAGAAAUUCGUCAUAGCCAAUGCCCGGGUACAGAACUGCGCUAUUAUCUACUGUAAUGACGGCUUCUGCGAGAUGACGGGCUUCUCCAGGCCAGACGUCAUGCAGAAGCCGUGCACUUGUGACUUCCUGCAUGGCCAGUUUACCACCAGGCACUCGGUGGCUCAGGUGGCCCAGGCGCUGCUGGGCUCAGAGGAGCGCAAGGUGGAGAUCACCUACCACCGCAAGGAUGGUUCAAACUUCCUGUGUGUCACCCAUAUCAUCCCUGUGAAGAAUGAGGAGGGCGUGGUCAUGAUGUUCAUCCUUAACUUUGAUUACGUCCUGGAUGAAGGCAGCAGUGACUCCCUGGAGAGACUCAACCACACCACGCCGUCCAAAACUGACCACCGGAAAGGGAGAUUCUUUCGCUUCCGUUUCCCGGCCUUGCCUCACUUGGGCAUCAGCAAGCAGUCCCUUCCCCAGGAAGACCCCGAUGCUGUCAUGGUGGACUCCCCUCGCCACAGCGAUGGCUCAGUGGCUACGCGGGACUACCAACUUCCCACCACCCGCGAGAGCUGCAGUCCCUCCUACGCCAAUGACACCCGCGCCCUCAUCGACCCCAGCCAUUGCUCCACGCCUGUGUCUGGGCCUUUGGACCACUCGUCGCCCAAGGGCCCCUGGGAUCGGACAUACCCGGACCAGUCCAUCACCCAGACCCAACUACAGAGCAAUGAGGGUACUAUCAUUGCAGUUCCGUCAAUCCCGGGCCUCACUCCAACCGCCUCCAGAGAGAGUGUGUGCAGCAUUCGCAGAGCCUCCUCCUUACAUGACAUGGAAGGCUUUGGAUGCAACUCCAAAAUGGCGUUCAGGGACAGACACGCCAGUGAAGACAAUGGUCGCAAUAUGAAAGUAUCUCGCUCCUGGAUGGCUGGGGGGCCACUCAGCCAGAUCAAAUCCAGCCUGCUCGGCUCCACCUCAGACUCCAACCUCAACAAGUACAGCACCAUUAACAAGAUUCCCCUCAUUACGCUCAACUUUUCUGAGGCCAACAAUGAGAAGAAGUGUCCUUCCCCUCCAUCGUCUGAGAAAACCAUCAUCGCCCCAAAGGUCAAAGACCGUACACACAAUGUAACUGACAAGGUGACACAGGUUCUGUCUCUGGGUGCAGACGUGUUGCCCGAGUACAAGCUUCAAACCCCUCGCAUGGACAAGUGGACCAUCCUUCACUACAGUCCCUUCAAAGCAGUGUGGGACUGGCUGAUUCUGCUGCUGGUCAUCUACACUGCUAUUUUCACGCCCUACUCUGCUGCCUUCCUCCUCAAUGACAUCGAGGAGCAGAGGAGGCGUGAGUGUGGCUACUCCUGCUCACCCCUCAAUGUGGUGGAUCUGAUGGUGGACAUCAUGUUCAUCGUGGACAUCCUUAUAAACUUCAGGACCACAUACGUCAACGCCAACGAGGAAGUGGUCAGCCACCCGGCCAAGAUUGCCAUCCACUACUUUAAGGGCUGGUUCCUCAUAGACAUGGUGGCGGCCAUCCCAUUUGACCUGCUCAUCUUCGGCUCAGGAUCAGAUGAGACCACCACUCUGAUUGGUCUACUAAAGACGGCCCGUCUUCUACGGCUGGUACGAGUCGCCCGUAAGCUGGACCGGUAUUCUGAGUACGGUGCUGCCGUCCUCAUGCUGCUCAUGUGCAUCUUUGCCCUUAUCGCACAUUGGUUGGCCUGCAUCUGGUAUGCCAUUGGAAACGUGGAGAAGCCUUACUUGGAGCAUAAGAUUGGCUGGCUGGACAAUCUGGGGGUGUCAAUAGGAAAAAAAUACAACUACAGUGAUCCCAACUCGGGCCCCUCCAUUAAAGAUAAGUACGUCACUGCACUCUACUUCACCUUCAGCAGUCUAACCAGUGUGGGCUUUGGGAACGUCUCCCCCAACACCAACUCUGAGAAGAUCUUUUCCAUCUGUGUCAUGCUUAUUGGAUCUCUUAUGUACGCCAGCAUCUUUGGGAACGUGUCCGCCAUCAUCCAGAGGUUGUAUUCAGGUACAGCCAGGUAUCACCUGCAGAUGCUACGGGUCAAAGAAUUCAUCCGCUUCCACCAGAUUCCAAACCCACUGAGGCAAAGGCUGGAAGAGUACUUUCAACACGCCUGGACGUACACUAACGGCAUCGAUAUGAAUAUGGUCCUGAAGGGUUUUCCAGAGUGCCUGCAGGCGGAUAUCUGCCUCCACCUCAACCAGAACCUCCUGGAGGGCUGUAAGGUAUUUCACGGAGCCACCAAGGGCUGCCUUAGGGCCCUGGCCAUGAGGUUCAAAACUACCCAUGCUCCCCCUGGAGACACCCUAGUCCACUCCGGAGAUGUGCUGACUGCACUAUACUUUGUCUCCCGAGGCUCCAUCGAAAUCCUCAAAGAUGACGUCGUAGUGGCCAUCCUUGGUAAGAACGACAUUUUUGGCGAGAUGAUCCACCUGUACCGCAAGCCCGGGAAAUCGUGUGCAGACGUGCGGGCGCUGAGCUACUGUGACCUCCACACCAUUCAGAGGGAGGAGAUUGUGGAGGUGCUUGACAUGUAUCCAGAGUUCGCCGACCACUUCCUUAAAAACCUGGAGCUGACCUUUGACCUCCGUGACGAAAAGAUGACAUGUGCACAAGCAACUGAAUCGGAUGACGUUGAGUGUCGGAGACGAGUGUCCUACAAAAGGAGAACCUCCACAGGCUCCCACAACAAGGAACCUGCGGCCACCUACUGUGACACAAAGCAAGGGAGGCAGCUCUGCGCCGCUGAGGAGAGGAGAGAGUCCGCUGACGAGGGAGAGGACGAGGAGGAGGAGGAAGGCAGGGAGGAGGAAGAGGAGCAGAGGCCCUUGUGUUCUGGUGUGCUGGGCUACCCGGUGGUUAGGGAUCACACCGUGGGACUCGGGCUGAGCAGCGCUACAGACGCACAGGCUGUCGGAGACAACACACAGAGUCAGACAUAUAAAGAGCUCCAUGCAGAUGAGUGGGUGCGUCAUCGUCCUGACGAGGUUGUGAAGGAGUCAGCCCAGUGUCGAGAGACGCUAGUUGGGGAGGACGACAGCGACACAGACCUCACCUACGGAGAGGUGGAGCAACGGCUGGAUCUGCUGCAGCAGCACCUCAACAGACUGGAAUCCCAGAUGACUUCAGACAUCCAGGCCAUCCUGCAGCUCCUCCAGAGGCAAACCACGUCCGGCCCCCCCGCCUACAGCACUGUCACCUCCAGCCCAGAGUACCAGAGACCACCCAUCAGGGUGCAGCCGGUGUCAGAGCUCUGCCUCGCCCCGGCUCCGCCUCGGCCACAGAGCCCCGGCCCAGAAAAGGCCCUGAACAAAUCCAAAGAAACCUCCACGGUCCUCCUCCGCACAGAGACUCUUUCACAUGGGAACUUUGCUGGAGUGCUUGAGAGCGACACCGACCCCGUGCAGAGAGACACACAAAACGGCGUGGACUCUGUAGAGCAACACCCCCACCAACAGCCACUGAGGUUCCCAUCAGGCCGACAGGCCUCUCUACCUGAUGUCCCAAGCAGCUCAGGAAUGUUGGGACUCCACAGGCCAGUUUCUGACCCGGGGCUUCCAGGAAAGUAGGCCUCCCCAAGCCCUUCGACGUCGACCGAAGGUCUUCUCUCAAGCUUGUCUCAGGGUCUAAGAAAGAGACUGUAUAUGCAAAGGAAAACAAACUGUAGACUUUCUUCCAUCCCUUUUUG